AUGACAUCCAGCAUCCCCUUUCUCCUUCUCCUUCUCCUUCUCCUUCUCCUUCUCCUUCUGAGGGUGUUGGACCGAAUCACAGGCUCUGGUGUUGGUGGGCCAGCUGAGGACAGUGGUGAAGAACCAACCGAGUCCAUUUUGGGAAUGUACAAUGUCAUUGAUUUGCGACUACGUGCCACAAUGCUGGUUUACGUUGACGUGUACGGUACGAUGUACGAUGAAGAGCAAACAAUGAUGAUGAUAGGCUGUGGACAAUGGACGAUGUACGGUACGAUCUACGAUAGAGAGUGGAUAAUGACAAUUGACAAUAGAGAGUAUUGGACAAUGUGUGCAAUUGCGAUAUACGACUUUGACAAUAGGUACUUGACAAUGUGCGUAUUUGACAAUAUACACGGCAAUGUGCACGAUUUACGACUUGACGAUAGGUCGAACAAUGUCACAAUGUACAAUUUGACAGCAGGUCACGAUGUCGUGUACAACUUUGACAAUAGAUAUUUCACGAUGUACGAUUCUGAUAAUUAG